AACCUCCAUCGGUGCUGCUAGAGGUCGAUAAUGGCUCAAAAACUCAUCGCAUUUACAGUCGCCAUUUUGACGAAAGGGACCCCUCCUUCUGUCAGCUGUCCUCUGUGUUAAAUUGCGUUGGAGGGACUGUUGACAAUCUUGUGUGGAUUGGAUGGCAGUUCAAAGUGGAUGCAUGGUUAGAAGUGCGGGAUCUGGUCGUUCCACUGGGUGAGGGACAGGCCUGCACCGCCACCUCACAACAGCGCUAUGACCAUCGCAAUGAUAGCCAAUCAGGACCACCCACAGGAGGGGCCACCAAACACUCCGCCACAGGGUGGGGAUGGGGAAGUGCCGGGUGAAGGGGAAGGGGAAGACAUGGGUGGGGCAGAGCCAGACUUCCCUCUCGAUCCCCUGAGCCGCCUUGAUGAGAUGAUCCACCGGCAAAGGUGGGUUGUCCCUGUCCUGCCCAAGUGUGAGUUGGAGGUACUUCUUGAGGCAUCCAUUGAUCUUUGUCAGAGAGGACUAGAUACUAGAAGUGAGGCAUGUCAGAGAUUCUUUAGGGAAGGUCUGACUAUAUCUUUUACGAAAAUUCUCACGGAUGAAGCUGUGAACAGUUGGAAGUAUGAAAUCCACAGAUGCAUCUUGAAAAACUGUGAGAAGUUAAUAGAGUUAGUAGUAGUGAAGCUGCACCAAGACUGGUUUUCUUUACUUGACCUUCUUGCUAUGGUGCUGAGUCCUAAUUCCAAAUUUCAUACAUUCAACAGUACACGUUCCUCUGAGACGGUUCAACAGGGAUCACAGAUCCCAGACUAUGAACUCUAUGCUAGACCCCCUGAUCCUAGAAAUCCUCGAGGGUGGCUAGUGGACCUCAUUAAUCUCUUUGGUAAGCUCGGUGGCUUUCAGAUCCUCCUUGAACGAUUCCAGUCGGGCAAGAACCUCUCAGUCCCAGUCAUCUGUGCUCUCCUUCGACCCUUCGGCCUCUGCUAUGAGAUGCUCACAGUGUCUACUAUAGAAAAAUACUUCAUGCCUAUUGUAGAAGUAGUGCCUGCCUUCCUUGAGAACCUCACUGAUGAGGAGCUGAAGAAGGAGGCCAAGAAUGAAGCGAAAAACGAUGCAUUGUCUGCCAUCAUCAAAGCCAUCAAGUGCCUGGUAUCCCGUGUUCCCAGCCAGGAGGAAACCGCCAAAAAUCUUGAGAUUUUUAGGUUAAAGAUGAUACUCAGGUUACUGCAAAUUUCCUCAUUUAAUGGUAAGAUGAAUGCACUCAAUGAGGUGAAUAAAGUGAUCACCAGUGUGUCCUACUACUCACAUCGCCAUGGUCCAGUCGAGGAGGAGGAGUGGCUGACUGCAGAGCGAAUGGCGGAGUGGAUCAAGGAGAAUCGCGUCCUUCAGAUUGUACUGCGGGAUUCCCUUCACCAGCCGCAGUAUGUAGAAAAACUUGAGAAGAUCAUCCGCUUCAUCAUCAAGGAAAAGGCACUUACACUAGAAGAUCUGGAUGAUAUAUGGGCUGCCCAACAUGGGAAGCAUGAAGCAAUUGUAAAGAACGUGCAUGACCUCCUUGCAAAGUUGGCAUGGGAUUUCUCUCCUGAACAACUUGAUCACCUUUUUGGCUGUUUCCAGACAAGUUGGAGCCAAGCCAGUAAAAAGCAACGUGAAAAGUUGUUAGAAUUGAUUAGAAGGUUAGCAGAAGAUGACAAGGAUGGUGUUAUGGCUCACAAGGUUUUGUCACUUCUGUGGUCGCUGGCCCACUCAGAUGAUGUGCCCACUGAGAUCAUGGACCAGGCACUCAAUGCCCAUGUCAAGAUCCUUGACUACUCCUGCUCACAGGACCGGGACAUCCAAAAGAAACACUGGCUUGACCGAUGUGUUGAUGAACUGAAGCAUGACAAAUGGGUGCUUCCUGCCCUCAAGCAAAUACGUGAAAUUUGCUGCUCAUACAGUGAGGCACCACCCAACUUCUCUCAGCAUCAACGGCCAACACCUCAUGUCAGUUACCGACAUGACAUUAUCUCCAAACUGCAGAACCAACAUUCCCUGGUGGUGCUUGUGGCCGACAACCUCACUACCUACAUGAAGAAUAUCAGAAUAGCAGCUAAAGAGAACCCUGAUUUGAAUCCUGCAGAUAUAAUACCAGAUGGAAGAUAUAAUCACAUAUACCAAGUUCAAGAACGACUAAGUUUUCUUAGAUUUUUAUUAAAGGAUGGGCAGUUAUGGUUAUGUGCCCCUCAAGCAAAACAAAUAUGGAACUGUCUAGCAGAGAAUGCAGUUUUCACUGUGGAUCGUGAGUCUUGCUUCAAGUGGUUUUCAAAGUUGAUGGGAGAUGAACCUGAUUUGGAUCCAGAGAUUAACAAGGAUUUCUUUGAGAACAACAUAUUACAGCUCGAUCCUUCUUUGCUCACAGAAAAUGGCAUGAAAUGUUUUGACAGGUUCUUUAAAGCAGUGAAUUCCAAAGAAGGUAAACUUGUAUUGAAGCGGCGAGUCCACCUCAUGGAUGAUGAUGACCUCAUUGGGGUAGACUACGUGUGGCGGGUUGUGCUGUGUGGAACUGAGGACAUUGCUAGUCGUGCCAUUGAGCUGCUGCGAGAAACCUUCACCAAUCUAGGACCAAGACUGCAGGCCAAUCGUGUUAUCAUACAUGAUGACUUCCUUUCCAGUUGUACGUCCCGUCUUAAGGCUAUGUAUGACACUGUAUCAGUGUUAGAUCGGGACAAGGAUUCUAUUAAUAGAGUUCGGCAGGACACCACAAGGAUGUGCCGAGUCCUGAAGGUCCUCUAUGAAUAUGUGUCUGAGUGUGACGGGGAUUUUGGGGAUGAUCGAUCCAUUCUUCCACUUGGAAGAGCAUCAAGAGGGAAGCACCUGUCACUAUUGGUGAGGUUUCCAGUACAGGGACGGCAGCCAGAUGAACUGGAUGUCUGGACUCACACCAAUGACACCAUGGGCUCCAUUAGACGGCAGGUUCUUCACCGAUUGAAAUCUACAGCACCUAAUGUGAAGGUGGAACUUUACUUGAACACUGAUCCUAUAGACCCUGUGGAGGACAAAAAAAUCAUUGCCCAGAUGCCACUGAGGGAUAAAAUGGUUUUAACAGCUAAACUGGUGCAAGUGGGGAGCAACAUGCCUUCAUCUCCAGACAGCUCUUCAGACUCCUCCACAGGCUCUCCACAGCAUCCAUAUGAGGGGCCCAAUGUUGAGGCGGAAAACUGUCUUCCGGGUGUUAUAAUGUCUGCACAACCAAAGUACACACAAUUCUUGCUCCAGUUAGCUGACCUGGGCUGCACCUUACAGCUGCCACAGCUCAGAGAUAGUGCCCGGGCACUCCUUAAUAUCAUGCCUGCUGACCAAUUUACAGUCAACAACCUACGAACUAUCUGCUUGGAACAUGCCAAGGUUGGGGACCAGAGUUUAUCUCCUUCCCUUGAGAACAUUGUCUUCUCUUCAUCACCUUCACAAGUUCUCUAUAACCUUCAAGUGCUGUAUUCACUGCUUAUGCCAGCCCACAACCCCAUGGCAGAGAAGGCCCUCGAGUUCCAGUACAAUUUCAUGAAGAGUGGAGGAGUGAAGAUUAUUAUAGAUGUGUUGGCUAAGAACAAUUUUCUCUCCAACACAGACAUGCCAACUAAAAGAUCAGCCUUUCUAGUGGUUUUAAAAUUAGCCAAGUUGGCCUUUGUGACAGUUGGCUAUGCCAUUGUUGGUGUGGUAGCUGGGUCUGUAACAUCCAGCACCUCAGCAACCACUAAUAGCAAUGGUGGCACGGAGGAAGGCUCCCCAACCCAAGGAGGAGGAAUACCAGCCUCAACACACACACAGGCACUAGUGCUGCAAGAGGCACUGCACCACAUCCCCAACCCAGCCUCAGAUUGUAUGGUGCGGAACGUGGCCUCCCGUCUUGCCCAGUCCCUCCACGACCAGGUCACUAUCACCUCCUGCCUCUGGGCACAAUUUGUAACAGGUGUUGUUCCAGACAUGAGUGUUGUCCGAGCCAUCCUCAAAAUUACUUGGGCAUCAGCAUCAGGCCAAGUCCACUUAAUCACCUCCUCUUUAGAUGAAAUUGAAAAAGCCACUGAGAGGCCACCCACAAAACCCCCAGACCCAGAAGACCUUCAGGUGUGUCGUGAAGGUCUGGAGACAUUGUCUGUAGUGUUGGCCCUUUAUCCUCCUGCCCUGGAGACCCUAACCAAGGACAGCCAAUUCCACAAGCUUGUGAUGGGUCUGGUGCUAGUGGGUGGGGAGCGCAGUAUUCGACAGUGUGCAGUGGAACAGUUGUUACUCAUGGCAACAAAGUGUUCCAAUUCCCCACACACCCUUGUUGUCUUCAUUGUCAUGCUCUUCAAUGUGUUGAAUGGCGUGAAUGGCGAGUAUUCUAAGGAGUAUUUCCAGUUGCUGUGUGGACUGUUAAACUGGGCCUGUAUGUCAAACGUGGCUGUGACGGGUGUUGAUCGCCUUCUGGCAGCUGAGGUGGAGUGGCUUAAGAAUGUGCGGGCCAGUGUAUCUCAAAUGGCUCAGGGUGGCCCAGAGCCACCUGUGGAUGAGACGCUCCUGGAGGGCCAUUUGUGUGUCACACGGGAGCUGGUGGCCUUCCUCCCUCCUGAAAAGAAAUAUGAAAUUGGCGGUGACCCCUCCAAAAUGAUAUUUCUUAUCAGGGAACUUGUAGAAGACUUUAUAUUCCCUUUUUCUAAGGUGUACCUUCAAUUAGAGCAUGCGUCUGAGAUGCCUGCUGAGCAGGCCAUACCAGUGUGCUCAACUCAACCAACUGUGAUAGCAGCUUAUGAACUCCUAGUCACUCUCUGUACAGGCUGUGUCCCCAACCUCAAACUCCUGGCAGAAAUGCUCACUAACAUGUAUUAUUCUGAUUGUGACGAGAGCAUUGGGGAAUGGGAGUACCUGCCCCCAGUUGGUCCAAGGCCCUUCAAAGGUUUUGUGGGGCUUAAAAAUGCGGGUGCCACUUGUUACAUGAACUCUGUCCUGCAGCAGCUGUAUAUGAUUCGGCAGAUCAGACAUGGUGUGUUAGCAGUUGAGGGAGCAGCCACUGACCCUGAAGAAGAUUUCAGUGGAGAGGAGAGGAUGGAACAAGAGACAAAUCUUGAUGGCAAUGAGGAGGACACAAUGAGCAGUAGUUCCAAUGAGGAGAGCAGAAAAGAGUACCACAUAGGAAUCCUUAAGCAGGUGCAGGCAAUCUUUGCACACCUAGCCUGCUCUAAGCUGCAAUACUAUGUUCCAAGAGGUCUUUGGAAGCAUUUCAAGCUGCAGGGUGAGCCAGUCAACUUACGUGAACAACAUGAUGCUUGUGAGUUUUACAACAUCCUUGUGGAGAGUCUAAAUGAGGCCCUAAAGGCUCUUGGGCAUGAACAAAUUAUGAACAAGAUCCUUGGUGGCUCAUACUCGGAUCAAAAGAUUUGCAAAACCUGCCCACACAGGUAUUCUCGAGAAGAAACCUUCACAGUCAUCAGCAUAGACAUCCGGAACUACAGCAACCUGUACGACUCCCUCGAGCAGUAUGUGAAGGGAGAUCUGCUAGAGGGGGACAAUGCUUAUCUUUGUGAGAAGUGUGAAAAAAAGGUCGAUACAGUGAAGCGAAUUUGCCUGAAGAAGCUGCCUCCAAUCAUGGCCAUCCAGCUCAAACGAUUUGACUAUGACUGGGAGAGGGAGUGUUCCAUCAAAUUCAAUGACUACUUUGAGUUUCCCCGAGAGUUGGAUAUGGAUCCCUACACAGUUGCUGGACUGGCAAGAAAUGGGGAAUUGAUAGACUAUGACCCAGAAGAUAUGAAGCCAGUGUGUAGCAAAUACAAGUUGACUGGCAUUGUGGUGCACAGUGGCCAGGCAAGUGGUGGACACUACUACUCUUACAUCCUGCACAGAAAUGGAAAUGACCAGCGGUGGUACAAGUUUGAUGAUGGGGAGGUGACAGAGUGCAAGAUGGAUGAUGAAGAUGAAAUGAAGAAUCAGUGUUUUGGUGGUGAAUAUAUGGGUGAGCAAGUCUUUGACAACAUAAUGAAGCGGGUGAGUUAUCGUCGGCAGAAGCGGUGGUGGAAUGCUUACCUCCUUUUUUACACCAGAUUGGAUGUGGAAGAGGAUAAUCUCUGCAACUCUCUCAAUGAGCUGAGUUUAGCGGAGCGACCAGGGUUAAUAAAAAUGCCCAGUGCCAUUGACCGAUCAGUGGUGAGGCAAAAUGUUCGGUUCAUGCACUCCAGGUCCCAGUUUUCUCCUGAGUACUUCCAGUUCCUGAAAAAGCUCAUCAUGACCAACCACCCAUUUGUCCUCCAACCCCCUCAGGACAGGGUUGCUGAGGCUGAAGAAAUUGCCAUGAUCAGUGGUCAGCUCUGCAGCAAGUUUCUUUUCUCUGUUGGGUUGCAUACCAAAAAGACUUUACGAGGCCCAGCAAGUGAAUGGUAUGACGCGCUGCAGGUUCACCUGAGAGCCUCAGUCCACACCCGUGCCUGGUUUGCCCAACAUGUGUUGUUUGCUCAGCCGCACCGCUUUGUUGAGUAUCUCCUUGAGUGUCCUGCACCUGAAGUGAGAAUGGUGUUUGGCAAGCUCAUUGUACUGGUGGCUCACUGUGCCCGCAAUGACCCUCCUCUGCCCCUUGGCUGGGGACCCCUCAAGCACCACCCAGGUCUGGACAUGAGUGGGGGCAGCUGCACCCUUAGUGACCAGUUGCUGGUGGCAGUGCUGUUGCUGCUCAACAAGGAGGUGUCUGAGCAUGGCCGCCACCUUGUCCAGUACUUCCAUCUCUUUCACCUGUAUGCUUCCCUUGGCCCUGCUGAGAAAUUACAACUCCUUAAGUUGAAUGUGGUGGAGAUGUUCAUGCUGGUAGCACUGGAUGAGGGUCCUGGUCCAGCUAUUAAGUACCAGUAUGCUGAGCUGGGCCGCCUCUAUCAGGUGGUAUCCCAGCUCAUCAGGUGUUGUGAUGUAUCUCAGAAACAGCAGUCAUCCCAGCCUAACACUGCACCAGUGCCCAACCCUCAUGGUGACCCAUCCUGCCCAGAGCCACUGAUGACCAUUGAACCCAAAGUGGCUGAAAUCCUCUAUGGCCGACCAACGUAUGUGAAGAAAAUAAUUGAAGAUGCCAACACAUCAGAAGAUACAGUGAAGCUGUUGAAGUUCUGCUGCUGGGAAAAUCCUCUCUUUUCUUCUGCUGUCCUCUCAGAACUUUUAUGGCAGAUUGCCUACUCAUACACUUAUGAGCUGCGACCAUACCUUGAUCUGCUUCUCCACAUGCUACUCUUGGAGGACUCAUGGCAGAACCAUAGAAUUCAUAAUGCACUCAAGGGAAUUCCUGAUGACAGAGAGGGUCUGUUUGACACCAUACAAAGGAGUAAAAACCACUAUCAGAAGAGAGCUUACCAGUGCAUCAAGUGCAUGGUAGCACUUUUCUCUUCAUGCUUGGCAGCCCAGCAAAUGUUGAACUCAAAUGGUGAAUUGAAGCGCAAAUGGACAUGGGCUGUGGACUGGCUGAAUGAUGAACUGGACCGACGGCCUUAUGUGGCCAACCAGCAGUAUGGCUUCAAUAACUGGUCACCACCAGCCCAAAGCAAUGAGACCAGCAAUGGGUAUUUCCUAGAGCGUUCACCUAGUGCACGUUCCACCCUGGAGAAGGCAUAUGAACUGUGUCCUGAAGAUGAACCAGAGCCAGAAGAAUGUGAGGAGGCAGAGGUGGCCAUACCUGAGGAUGUUGCCCCUCUCCCUCCAGUAUCUGAGGCAGGACAACAACAACAGCAAUCCCAACAGCAACAGCAGCAGCAACAACAACAACAACAACAACAACAACAACAACAACAACAACAACAACUUGGGCAAUUACAACAGCAGCAGAUGCAGCUCCAGCAGCAGCAGCAGCAGCAGCAGCAGCAGCAGCAGCAACAACAUCAGCAACAACAAAAUCAACAACAACAACAACAACAAAAGCUGCCACCUACCUCAGGAUCUCAACCUUCUAGUUCACAGUUAAAUUUUUCAAGUAAAGAUUCUCCAGGAAAUCCCCACAAUCGAAGCAGUGGCAGUGGUUCUGUGACAGUAACAGUCAGCAUUGGUGGAAAUGGAGAGACAAAUUCUGUGAGCUCCACAGCAACCCUCACCACCGCAACCAUCACCACCACCUCUUCUUCCAACAUAGGUGGGGGGUCCUGUACCCUUAACUCUACCAUCACUGCCUCAACUAUCACAACUUCCACCAAUACCAGCACAUUAAGUAAUCCUGGUGGCCCCCAAACCUCACCAACCAGCAAUGUGAGCACCACAAGCCUGAGCAGUAUCAGCAGUAACAACAGCACACCCUCCACCAUAAAUAACAGCACCAAUAAUGUGAGUGGUGGUGUGGCCAAUAAUAAAUCGCCUCCUUCCCCACAAGUGACUCAAUACCCACCACCUCCUAUACCAGACGUCACUCAGGAGAAUCGAGAAUGAGUCUCAUGUUGGUUUGUAGUGAAUGGUAGCAAUUUGAGCAAACAUGAGACAGCCUAUUGUAUGUCUAUAGAGUGAGGAUGUGUCUUGAGGCAUAGAUUCCCCCUUUUUAUUUUUUUUAUCUAUUUAUUUAUUUUAUUUAUUUAUUUAUUUAUUAUUAUUAUUAUUAUUAUUAUUAUUAUUAUUAUUAUUAUUAUUAUUAUUAUUAUUAUUAUUAUUGUUAUUAUUAUUAUUAUUAUUAUAUUGUUUUUUAUAAGUGGGGAAAGUACUAUCAUGAACUGAAAGGUCACAGUGUGGGAGACAGGUUUGAUUUGAGGUAGCAGAUUCUCAACUCUUCCCAUCUGGACCUCAUUUGAAAUAUCACAAAUGUUAAUAUUAUUAUUAUUAUUAUUAUUAUUAUUAUUAUUAUUAUUAUUAUUAUUUAUUUAUUUAUUUAUUUAUUUAUUUAUUUGAUUUACUUAUUUUUAAUUUAUUUUUUAUUUAUUAUAUUUUAUAUAUUUUAUUUUAUUUUAUUUUUAUUUUUUAUUUUAUUUAUUUUAUUUUAUUUAUUUUUUCUUUUUUUUUUCUCCCUGGUCUGAAAAAGGCCAAUAGACAAAUACAUGACUUAUGACUGAAGAAAAGAAAGGUGUAUUGAUUGUAUAUAUAUAUAAGUGAGUGGCAUUGAAUUAUAUUGCUGUUAGAAGAGUGUUCCUUCUGCUCAAAGUGAACGCCUGGACCUUCUUUGUGUGACAGGGCUCUGGUGACCAUAACUUCACAGUGACUGAUAAAUAUUUGUGAAUGUGUUGCCAGGGAAUUUUGUUGAGACUACAGUGAAGAAGAGAAUUUGUGUGUGAACAUUUUGGGGGUUGAAGGACAAAGAAGGAAGUGAAAGGAAUACUUGUAUUUUUGCAUCCUGAUAGACAGCAAGUGGCUUUUGAAAUUAAAAAUUCUUUGAAAUUCUUUUUUCAGACAUAAAAUUUCUUGUAUGUGUGGUAGUCUAAAAAUUGUCCUUGAUAUCUUAUAUUUUUUUUUACUUAGUAUUGUAAUUUUCAUAAAUACACUUCCAAGGAUGUCCUGAAUUCAGUAUUUACAUGUUAAAUUGUACUUUGUAUGUACUGAAGUCUCUCCACUUGUGACUAGUCAAGCAGUGAGCAGCAGAAGCUCCUUAGUUAUUCUGCAGUUUUUCACAGCCUUACAAGGCACCACCUGCCUACUGACAAGUAAAAUUUUGACAGAUGGUAUUGCAUGAAGUGUCAGUGUGCACUGUACAGGUGUUGCUGAAGAACACAUUGCCUGUUAAUAGAGCAAAGCACCCGGCCUUCACUAGCCAAGUGCCAACUCCAUGUUAACCUCACUGGAAGAGGAAGCAGUCUUGAGAGCCUCCUUGCACAUUGUCUGCUCUUGCAAAGUGCAGUGUGUUUAGAAGCAAAGACUUGCCAAUUAUUCAAUGGGUUUUUUGUAGUGGGAUUUAGGCUGUGCCUAUAAAUGAUAUGACACCUUUUUCCAUUGAAGUGAUAUUUCACCAGACAUGAGGCUCUAAGCUUGAAUUCUUUGUUUGGGUUCCAUGGUUAUAUUUUGUGAUACAAUUGGAUAAUGGUAAAAGAUGACCUGGAUUUUUCAAUGCCAUGAUGUGAAAGAACAAUUAUAACUUUAUAAGAACCCAAAUCCUAAAGAGAUUUGAUAUUCCACACCACUAUCUUAAUUGAAUAUUACUCUUGCUGACCACCAUUUCAAGUCACACCCCUGCACCAAUUACCCGAGCACAACCUUCAGCUCGGGACUAAUGAGACAUGUACCAUUGUGAGCUCACUGCCGACCAGGGCACUUGGUUGGAGUUCCUGAGGGUGUAUCCCAACAAGAAUGCACAGGAGGGAACCUGCUGAAGGUUGUGGCAGCAGGGAGCUCACAAAUCCUGCUUAUUGUCUGUGAGCCACGUACUGCUGCAAAGGUGUAACCAACCACCUGUUGUUGUGACUUAGUAAGUUUUGUAUGAAAACUUUUGUUAGUUCCCUAUUUCUGAUAAAUGAUGAAACAGUUUGGAGUGGAACUAGUGGUAGCAGUGAGACACCAUCUGUAGGAGCUGAUCCAGCCUCAUGCAUCUGCUUGUUACUGUCUUGUUUGCCUACUAAUGUAUUAUAGGUUUCCCACACAGAUGCCUUUUUUGUUUUAAGGACUUCAUUUUUUGAAUGCUAAAAACUUUAGCUAUUGGAGAGUGAGUGGCUGGCUGUACUGCAAAUUUUAAAUGAUAUAUGCAUAUUAGGUAUUUGCAGGAGGUUUGAAAAUAUUGGUAAUUUUUUUCAUUAUAUUUGCUGCCACAAACUGUGAUUAUAAAAAAAAAAAUGUGAAGACAUGUAAACAGUGUAUGAUGUAGUAUUUUCAUGUUACUACCUUGUCAAUAAUUGUAAAGCACCAGAGAAUACUUGUAUAUCACUGUAUAAGAUAUAAUUUAAUGGAAAUGGAGCAAUUUUUUAUUGAAAUCAUUUAACAGAUUUAUUUUUAUGCUGAUUCCCUCUUCCUUCAACAUCAUGCUUUUGUGUCUAAAAAUAAAACCAUUGCUUA